UCUGGAGCUUUAUCUUUCUGAGAAAAAUGUGAUGUUCUAUGCGGUACAGAAAAGGGUGUUGCCUAAUGCUUACCGGUUGUUUACAGGAGAUCGAUGGGAAAAUGCCUUGAUAUUGAAGUUUCUGAGAGAUGGUGACAAAUCUGUGGCAGAGUUGAUGGAUAUUGGGAAACAGUUUCUAGGGAGCAAGUUCUUCGGGGUGUUCAAUAUCUUGAAAGUUAUGGUGCAGUUGCCUGCCACAAAGCUGGAAUACUGGAAUGUUCAAAAGCAAAAGCAUGUGAAUUUGAUUCAUGAGAAAACUGGCAACUCAAGUGGAGAAGCUAUCCCAUCUGGUCUGCCAGGAGAUGGGCUGGAACAUGGAGAAGAGGACAUUGUUUCGUAGAUGGACUAGAACAUGGAGAAAAGGUUAAGAUGCACAAUUCCAGAAAUCUACAUUGCUAUGAGAACCUUGGUGGUAAAAGGAAAAUGUGACAAUUCAGUAUCCUUUUGAGGCAUGAAGUUUGACGUGGUGGUUUUGUUCUGCAAGGAGAAGUGGAAACCCUAUCUUUAAAAAGCACAUUUCUGGCCAAGUUUGUUGUGGUGGUUUUGUUCUAAAAACAAUGAUCCAGGUUUAAAGGCUGCUUAUAAACUGGACAAUCAUGUAGAAGAUGGAGCAGUGAUGAAAGCUUUUGAAGUGAUA